AUGUUUGUUAAGGAGAAGGAUGGCAAACUCAUGAUUGCUCAGAUAUAUGUGGAUGACAUUGUGUUUGGUGGGAUGUCAAUUGAGAAGGUUCAACAUUUUGUAAAGCAGAUGCAAUCUGAAUUUGAGGUGAGUCUUGUUGGUGAAUUAACUUAUUUUCUUGGUCUUCAAGUGAAGCAUAUGGAUGAUUCUAUCUUCAUCUCUCAAAGUAAGUAUGCCAAGAACAUAAUGAAGAAGUUUGUUAUGGAGAAUGAUAGUCACAAGAUGACACCUUCACCUACUCAUUUGAAGUUAUCUAAAGAUGAAAAAGGUAUUAAUGUGGAUCAAAGUUUAUACAGGAGCAUGAUUGGUAGCCUGUUAUGCCUUACAACUAGCAAACUUGACAUCACAUUUGUUGUAGGUGUUUGUGCAAGAUAUCAAGUUGAGCCCAAAAUGAGUCACAUCAAUCAAGUGAAGAGGAUUCUGAAGUACAUCAAUGGUACAAGUGACUAUGGCAUGUUAUACUCUCAUGGAUCUAAUUCCAUACUUGUAGGGUAUUGUGAUGCAGAUUGGGCAGGUAAUGCUGAUGAUAGGAAAAACACUUUAGGAGGUUGCUUCUUCUUAGGAAACAAUCUUAUAUCUUGGUUCAGCAAGUAG